AUGGCGUCAAACAAUGACUCGGAAUCAGUCGAUCUGGGGAAGCCCCAGUUCGCUUCUCACUCAUGGGUUGAGCCGAUUAUAGUUCUCAGUAUCAUGUUUAGCUCUUUAUACUUCAACCGUCGCAAGGACUUCAGCAUCUUCGGCAAGAACAACAAUCGGGAUCUAGGAUCGUCUCAUCCGUUAUACAUCAACAAAGAUGAGGAAGCGAACGAUUCGACCGACAUAUUAUCGGAGGGGGAAAGUAGUGCACAACUGUUGUCGAGCCCCGGAGUGGACAACAAGUACCCUCCCAAGCGUCGCAACUGCCUGUGGUUCACGGUCAAGACGCCCAAUUCGUCGCGGUUCGCUCGCCAUUUUCACAGCCGGAUCCUUCAGAAGUUUCCUUUCUUGGUCGAGAUGUUCUAUUGGGUCAUGAACUAUCUCUUCUAUUCCUGCACCAAGGCCGUCUCCCAGUCCAUGUCUCCCGCCGGUCGCGAUGUCGUACAACUCGCCCAGGACCAUGCCAUUGGCGUUCUCAAUCUUGAGCACAACUCUUUCCUCAGCAUUUUCUUUCCGGUCGAGGAGGCGGACUUUCAGUCCUUCUUCAUCAAUGGCCACCCGAAUUGGAUGACGUUCUUCAACCGCAUCUAUUCUCUUGUUCACAUUCCUGGAACGGUCGCUUAUCUUUCCUGGUGGUACUAUGCGGCCCCCGACUUCGAGCGUUUCGCUAUCGCGCGCCGGACGAUGACACUCGGCAAUUUCAUGGCCUUCAUCAUCUUCUGUUUCUGGCCCCUUAUGCCGCCUCGUCUGCUGCCCGAGUCGUUCGGUUUUCACGAUACAGUGCGCCAGGAGCAUGCUGAGAGUGUCUGGGUAGGAGGCAAGAUGGUCAACCAGUUGGCGGCCAUGCCCAGCCUGCAUUUCACCUACGCCUUCUGCAUUGGAAACACGUUCUUCUAUCACUCCGGGGUGUUCCACCGCCUGCUUGGCAAGCGCUCCGCGCGCAUCACGAUCCGGGACAUUUUCCUCGUCAUUUUGGGCUUCGUCUACCCCAUGCUCGUCUUGUCCGUCAUCGUUGCCACUGCCAACCACUACUGGCUCGACGCGGUUGUUGCCACGUUCUCAGUGGUUUUCUCCUUCUUCUGCAACCGGAUUUGGAUGAUCCUCCUCCCGUUGGAGGAUCUGUUGCUCUGGGCUCUGCGGCUGGAGAAGCCGAUCCCUACGACGGGAAGCCGGAGAAGAGGCGUGCAGGCCGAUGACGAGAAUGACCGCGACGGUAUCGACUACCGUCCUUUAUAA